AUGAAAGACAGCUCCAGCAUACCCCUCGUCGUCGAGGUGUUCUCCGUGCCCUUCGUGAACCGGGGUGCGCAAGCGGCGUAUUUUGUCGGGAUCCGAGAGUUUACGGACAUCAGCCCGAUACUCACCGUGGACAGUGCGGCGGAGGUGCGUCAGGGCAACUUUCAUAGAGCUGCUGCCCCAGAGGCAGUUUCCUGGGCCCCACCCGCGCCAGCAGUGGACUCCACCCAGGAUUCGUCGGAUGUGAACUCCGACGCUCUCUCGUGGGACGUGGAGUUCUCGAUCGAGGCUGAGGCCAUCGGCUGGAUCGACAUCCUAACCUCAGGCUACACCGUGAGGUACGCCAGCCCCGCAUUCGCUAAGCAUCUGGAGGUCAACAGCAAGCUCCUGGCCGCGCUGAGGCCACGCGCACGAGCAGAUUUUAUACGCUGGGUCCAGCAGGCGUAUAUCGAUCUAUUGGAGGAGGGAUCCGAUUCUGGUCACAAGCAAUGCAGCGAGCGGCUCCACAUGAAGUGCUCCGCCCCCGCGGCCACAAGCGGAGCGCGCCGGACGUGGCGAUCGGUCUCGGCUUAUGUGAGGCUCGACCUGACACCACCCCGGGGCGGGCAGCCCCACGGCGAGGGUGUCGUGCGCAUUGUGCUCCAGGACCUCCAGAUCGGCACGCGAGCGUCCAGCACCUUGUCGAGGGGGACCCCGCCGGCCACGCCCAGAGCCAGCCUUGAGCGCGCCUCCCAGGUCGCGUGCGGCCGACUGGAGGCCGAAGAGGCCGCGGCCGAGGGGCAGAGGCUUGCGAGGGCCACGGCGGGCGCGGCCGAGGGGCGGCGCGGCGGCGCUGCCGGCGCGGCCUCGCAGCCGCAGGGCCGUGCCGAGGCCGCGACUGCCGCCGCCGAGGUGCGGGGGCGGCGUCGCCGCAGAGCACAGAGCAACUGCAGAGCCUGUGAGGCGCAGGCGCGCCCCUGUGUCCGUCGUCGCCGGCCUGCUUGGAUCUGA